UAAAACUAGCCCGCUCAACCAACCAGUUUCCCUGGAGAAACACUUCUCCAUAAAACUCAUCAUAAAACCAUCCCGCUCAACCAACCACUGACUUCUUCAAAAACUUCCAUCCCUUGCUCUGCAACUUCAAAGCCCAAAACCAUGGCUUCUCAUUUCCUUUCUUAAUCAGCUUCACUAUCUUAUGUGAAGUAAUCAAUCUGCGCGCUAUCGGGGAAACGCUCUCACUCCGCCUUAUCCUGAAGGAAUCAAUCUGCAGUAAUCUUCGCUAUUUUGCUUACUUUUAUGUUUCAGCCAAAAGUUAAUGAGCAAUUAAACCUCAACUAAAACCCUUGCUCCAUUCUUGCCAUGCUUCAGCUAAAAUGGCUGUCUCAACGAAAACCCCACCAAUUUCUCUCAAUUCCGACCGCCCAACCCCCAAUUUUUCAAAACUCCCCAAUCUCAAAACUCAGAAUUUUGUUCAAGUCAUAUCCAAUAACAACCAAUUUUCCCUCAGAAAAAGCCACCAGAAGUCUCUUCUGAACUCCAGUUCCUCCUUCACAACCGACCCCAACUCGUAUUUAAAUCAGCUAUGCAUUCAAAAUGAGUUAAAUCAAGCUAUAAGUUUCCUGACUUCUGUCGGGAAAGGGCCUCAAAGUGAUAUAGAGGAGGAAACAUUUGUUUCUUUAGUAAGGUUGUGCGAAUUCAAGAGGGCGUCUAAUGAAGGGUCGCUAGUUUACUCUUUGGUGUCGAAUUUGAUAAGCCAGAUGAGUUUAAGGCUAGGAAAUGCGCUCUUGAGCAUGUUUGUGAGGUUGGGGAAUCUGAGUGAUGCGUGGUACGUGUUUGGGAAAAUGGAGGAAAGAGAUGUGUUUUCUUGGAAUGUUUUGAUUGGUGGGUAUGCAAAGAACGGGUUUCUCGAUGAGGCACUUGAGUUGUAUGGGAGAAUGUUGUGGCUUGGUGGGUUUGGUGUUAGGCCUGAUGUGUAUACUUUUCCUUGUGUGUUGAGAGCUUGCGGUGGGUUGAGCAACUGGGAAUGGGGUACGGAGAUUCAUGCUCAUGUGUUAAGGUUUGGGUUUGAGGCUGAUAUUGAUGUUGUAAAUGCUUUGAUCACUAUGUAUGUCAAGUGUGGUGAUCUGCGGAGUGCUAGGAUGUUAUUUGACGGAAUGUGUAGGAGGGAUAAGAUCUCAUGGAAUGCGAUGAUUGCUGGGUAUUUUGAAAAUGGAGAGUAUUUGGAAGGGUUGCGGUUGUUCUUUUCCAUGAGGGAGUGUUGUUUUGAUCCGGAUUUGAUGACCAUGACUAGUGUGAUUUCAGCAUGUGAGGCCUUUGGUAAUGAGAGACUUGGAAGGGCAGUUCAUGGGUACGUUGCGAAGAUGGAAUAUGGGGCUGAUGAGUCAGUGAGUAACUCAUUGAUUCAGAUGUAUUCAAGUAUUGGAAGGUGGGGUGAAGCAGAAAAAGUUUUUGUAAGAAUUGAGUCUAAAGAUGUGGUGUCUUGGACAUCGAUGAUUUCAGGUUAUUGCAACAAUGGGUUGGCUCAAAAAGCUGUCGAAACCUAUAAGGUGAUGGAGCUAGAAGGUGUUAUGCCAGAUGAGAUCACUAUUGCCAGUGUUUUAUCUGCGUGUGCUUCUCUUGGUUUUCUAGAUCUAGGCAUGAAACUUCAUGAGUUGGCCAAAAGGACAGGACUUAUAGGGCAUCUUAUGGUUGCUAACGCUCUCAUUGACUUCUAUUCCAAGUGUAAAUGCAUUGAUAAGGCUUUAGAAGUCUUUCACCAGAUUCCUGAUAAAAAUGUAGUAUCUUGGACAUCAAUUAUUCUUGGGCUUCGGAUUAAUAACAGAAGCUUUGAAGCAUUGAUUUAUUUUAGGCAAAUGAUGAUCAUUCUAAACCCAAACGACGUUACCUUGGUCUCUGUACUUUCGGCAUGUGCCAGGAUAGGGGCAUUGAUGUGUGGAAAGGAAAUCCAUGCCUAUGUAUUGAGGAGUGGAUUAGUAUUUGAUGGUUUUCUGCCCAAUGCAAUCCUCGACAUGUAUGUGAGGUGUGGGAGGAUGGAGCCUGCUAGGAAUCAGUUUAAGACACAGAAACAAGAUGCUGCUUCUUGGAAUAUUUUGCUGACUGGCCAUGCCCAGAGGGGCCAAGGUGCUCUUGCCAUGGAGUUAUUUAAUAGAAUGAUAAAAUCAGGAGUAAGGCCAGAUGAGAUUACAUUUAUAGCUCUGCUGUGUGCUUGUAGCAGAUCUGGUAUGGUGACCGAAGGAUUGCAGUAUUUUAAAAGCAUGGAAACAGAGUUUUCUGUUGCUCCAAAUCUGAAACAUUAUGCAUGUGUGGUGGAUUUGCUUGGUCGUGCGGGAAAGCUGAAGGAUGCUUAUGAGGUUAUUGAAAAAAUGCCUAUGACGCCAGAUCCAGCUAUAUGGGGAGCCUUGUUGAAUGCAUGUAGGAUUCACAGACAAGUUGAACUUGGUGAGCUUGCUGCACGGCAUAUUUUUGGGAUGGAUAACAGGAGUGUCGGGUAUUAUAUUCUGCUGUGCAAUCUGUAUUCUGACUGCGGUAAGUGGGAUGAAGUUGCUAAAUUGAGGAAGACCAUGGGAGAGAUGGGGCUUACCAUUGAUCCUGGGUGCAGUUGGGUGGAAGUUAAAGGAAAAGUCCACGCCUUUCUUAGUGGUGACAGUUCCCACCCGCAAAUAACAGAAAUAUCUGCUAUCCUGCAGGGAUUUUAUGAGAAAAUGAAGACAACAGGUCAUAGUGAUCCAGAUAGAAAUUUUAGAAAUGAAGUUGAGGCUUCAAAAGCAGAUGUUUUCUGUGGGCACAGUGAGAGACUGGCUGUUGCAUUUGGGCUCAUAAACACUCCCCCUGGGAUGCCUAUUUGGGUAACAAAAAAUCUCUACAUGUGCGAAAGCUGUCAUAAUACAAUCAAAUUCAUAUCGAAGGUUGUUAGGAGAGAGAUUUCUGUCAGAGACACUGAACAUUUCCACCAUUUCAAGGAUGGGAGCUGCUCUUGCGGAGAUGAGGGUUAUUGGGCCCCAUCUUGACGAAGAGAUAACUUGGCGAAUUCUAUUCAUAUAGAUAUCUUAUUUAUAUAUAAGGCGUGUUAUGUUCCAUGGUGGAAAGAUCUGGAAGAAGUAGCAAACAAUAUCUAUAUCUAUCUAUCUAUAUAUCUUUAAAAGAAUGAAUAGGGAUUUUGGUUUCUUUCUUUUUUCAAUUUGCCUAAUUUACCCCUUCACUUGCCCUAUUAUAUUUAAAAAAAAUUAUGAACAAGUGCCUAUUUGCCUACAUAUUUUUUGACUUCCCUUCUCCCUGACUUCCAAAACUUCUCUUGCCUUGUGAUUCUUUGUUUUCUCGCCAUUCAUUCAUUCUCUGCUAAUUCAGAGAUACUCGGUCAGAUUUCUUCUUUUCCUUGCUGAUGAUUUUCUGUGUUCAAUGAAGUCCUCAACAUGACUUCGUAUGGCACAAGUCCACGAAUUAUCUGAAGACUAUGAAAAGGUUAUACGGAGAGAAGUUGUCGUGCAGAUAAAACAAAUGCAGGUUCGGAAUAAAGCAGUCGCUGCGCAGGCCCUCGACUUCUUGAGGCUUGGUGUUUAUGGUAUAGAUGAGAUAUGGGGCCUACUCUCAUUAGGAAGUCGAGUAAGAUCUGUUGGAUCAACCAGUGCUAAUGAGUAAUGAGCUACGUAGCUGUUCUCACUGGAGGAGAUUGUAAGACUUCGAUGUUUGUUCACAUUAGCCCAAAUGUGGCCGACUUAGGAGAAACCUUUUGUUCCUUGAAUUUCGCAAGUCAGUCGGUGUCCGAGGUGUAGAACAUGGGCCUGCUCAGAGACAAACAGAUCACACGGAGCUGUUAAAAUACAAGCAGCUUGCAGAAAAAGCGAAACAAGAUGAGGAGGAAACCAAAAAGUUGCAGGAAAGUUUGCAGUCUUUGCAAUUAAGGCUAGCUUUUAGAGAACACAUUUGCAAAAAUCUUCAAGAAAAGGUAGGAAUACAAGUGAAACAUCUGAAAAGUUUUCACUGGAAAUAAACUGGUGAAGUAUAGAUUAGUUCAACAAUAUGUAUAAAGUCCUCUCAAACUAUGAAAAUCUAUUUGAUCAUU